AUGACUGAAGCAACUCAUCAACCAAAUGAAAAUACAAAUACUACAAACACAACAUUUUAUAUUGAACACCAACGUGUUUCUGUUAAUGAUAUUGGUAAUCAUGUUGGUGAUGCAAAUCCAAGAUUUGGUGUUGUUAGAGAUCGAUUAUUCCAUGCAAUGCUGGUUCGCCUAUCACUUCCCUAUUAUACAAAUUUUCCUCCUCUUUUUCGAAGAAUUUUUGAAUUUCUUACUUUAUUUAAUGCUCUAGUUUUCCUAUCAAUUUUAAUUUAUACUCAUUUUCUUGCUGCACAUUAUCCUGCAAAUUGUUUAAAUGAAAUAAAACAAACUUGGCCAAUGAAGGGAAUUGUAAGGAUUGAGGUUUGAAUUUUUUAAUUUUGAAUGAGUAUUUUAUUUUUCGACUUGUUUUCCACUGGGGGACCAUUUCGAUUUUGGAUUUUUUUUUUCCAAAAUUCCAGAAUCGAUUUUCGCCAAUCAUAUAUUUUCAUCAAUCAGUUGAUGGAUUAAGUCAAGGAACAUUAUGCACAUAUGU